AUGCGUUCGGUAUUAGAACAUUUACCAAAUGAACUGAUCAUUGAAAUAUUUGGCUAUUCAAAAAUACGGGAUCUGUCAUUUGGUUUAUGGAAUUUAAAUAAGCGUUUCAAUGCACUUAUUCGUUCACUUAAAUAUUUAUCUUUGAUUUUAACCAAAGACUGCACAUCCGAAGAGCUUUUAUUUUCUGAACAAAUUAUUCGUAUGGUUAUUGUGACAUUAGAGAGUAUUAAUUUAAAUCCAUUUAUUAAUUUACGGUCAUUAAUAUUAAAUUUAGCGACUGAAAACCAUUUAAAACAAAUUCAAUCUCUUGUGUUACCAAAUCUCGUUUAUCUUUCGUUACCGCUUUCGUUCGAUUCUCGAUCAACAAAACAAUUAGCUUCAGAAGUCUUCUCAAAUCGAUUUUCAUCGCUGCGAUUUGCAGAUUUAGGUGUAAUUGAUAUGCCAAGGAAUCUAUCGUGGUCACAAUCACCAUCUCUUCGAUCAAUUCGUAUUUUUUCUCCAAAUAUCAAUAUAAUCCCAUUAAUUCUUCAAUCUUGUACUCAAUUAACUCAUUUUCAAGUACGUAUAACUGGUGAGCAUCCUUUAGAUAUACCCUCUCUACCAAUAAUAUCAAAUCAUCCAUUAAAACAAUUCAUUUUCCUACAAGCUCAAAAUUCAACUAAUGCUUUUAAUAUUGCAAAUAUAAUUUAUUUAAUACCCAACGUUAAACAUCUAGAUCUAAGAUUAUGUACCAUAUCAUUUAUUGAUUUAAUUAAAUUAAUUUCGAAAUAUUUGAUGAAUUUAAAUAGUUUUGAUUGCCAUAUUAUCGAGUUUCCAAAUAAAGAUGAAACUAUCGAUAUUAAUGUACUAAGAAAAAUUCAUCCAUGUUAUUCUGGUAUUCAGUGUACGUUAAGAGAAGAUUGCUAUUGUUUAUAUGCAACAAAAAAAGAUCAAAAAUUAAAACUAACAAGUAACUUUUUUUGA